GUUCGUUCGUGUGAAAACCAACUCACUUCACUUGAACCCACUCACAACCUCCACCACUACUACCCCCACCAACACCACCACCAUAAACACCCUCGUGGCACUUUUACCAAUACUACGCCCAUCUGAUACCACGCCACACCAAAGCCCCCCUAUUCCCGCGUAAUACCGACCAACCAUCGGGCAUAGCUGCUGCAGCAGCAUCCCCGCGGCAUGUCCGCCAGCAGCUUCUUCGACAAGCUCAGGGCACCCGGCACAACCCCGAUCUCGCCGCAGGGCAAGGUGGUCAAGAUACGGAACAGCAGUAGCAGCGCUACUAAGAGCAGCAGCAGUAGCACCAGCAAGCAGAAUAGCAGCAGUAGUAGCAAGAAGGUUGUCGUGGCCGCAUCCACAAAUGGCCGACCACCGUUGCUGCCCUCCGACCGUUCCAAAAAACUGCCACAUCCCCGCCGAGUGCAGUCGACGGUGACACUUGCGGUGCAGGACUCCCGACCCAUGCCUGCUUCUGCUCGCAGCAGCGCCGAGUCGACUCGCUCGACGCCGAACCUAAAGCGGCGCCCGUCGUCGUCCCCGGCACACCUCAAGCCGCCGGAACCCUCACGCCCCGCACGCCUCGAGUCGAGCGACGACGAGUCCUCCGCCGACGAGAGGGAGACCAAGCGCUCGAAGAUGGGGUCCGCGUCACCGCUGGCCGCUCAGCUCGUUGACCCCGGGAGACGCCCUGUACACCCGAUCAGCUUCCGGUCGAAGGACCCGGAGACGGGGAAGCCGCUCGAACGCUGUCAGUUCAUCGACAGCGAGAAGAUUGCGAACGACGGCUUGCCGAACUGGUCGCGACGAAGAGAAUUCAAGUCGAAGGGAGCAGAUUUUUCGCUGAGGGUGGGACUGCACUACCCGGGCAUUGCCGACCAGGAGGCGUAUCAACUCGUGGAGCACAGCGACCCCGACGAGCACAACCCGGUAAUCGAGAUCAUCGAGUCUAUGGAACUCGUGGCCACCUACCUACUGCCGCCGGAACUCGCACGCGAUGUCCACUCGAGUGCCUCGGGCACGAUGGUGUAUCGGAUGCGCCGCGGACUCAAGGAUGGUGACCGCGACAAGUUCUUUGAGAACCUCAAGGCCUACAACCAGCUGGUUCGGAAAGCUAGGCGAGACGGAACGUUCAAGAGGCGCAUCGCCGCCAUGACCUACAUCCCUUCGCCGCUGGUCGAGCACAUCCUCGGCCAGAGCUAUGCGCGCACGGUGGCCCUCCAGGUCGAGGGCCUCAAGGACUACCAGGCGUUCACCAGCGAAGUCUACGGUGAACUACUGCCCAAGCUCACCUCAAAGAUGUUCAAAGAGGCGAACCUCACGAGCGACAAGGUGUUUGUUGAUCUCGGAAGCGGCACCGGCAAUGUGGUCAUGCACGCCGCUCUCGAGUGUGGCUGUGAGUCGUGGGGUUGCGAAAAGAUGGACAAGCCGGCGGCUCUCGCCGAGAAGCAGCGAAAGGAGUUCAUCGCGCGCUGCCGGAUGUGGGGCAUCGCCCACGGCGAGGUGCACCUCGAACACGACACGUUCCUUGAAAACCGCAACAUCGCGGCGGCGCUGCGUCGCGCCGACGUCCUGCUGGUCAACAACUUUGCAUUCGAGCCAGAUCUUAAUCAGAAGCUGCUCGACAUGUUUCUCGACCUCAAGGAGGGAACCAUCGUGUUCAGCCUCAAGCCAUUCGUGCCCGCGAACCACGUUAUCACCACCCGCAACGCCGAGAGCCCCGUCAAUCGCCUGCGCAUGGUCGAGAGACGUUACUUCUCGAGAGAGGUCAGCUGGACCGACUCCGGCGGGAAGUAUUACGUCCACACGGUCGACAGCAGUAUGCUCCGCGAGUUCUUCGAUAGAGAUGAGGAACGCAAGCAGUUGGCGCUGACAUGAUUUACGGUUCGCGAUUUCACGGCACGGCACGGUACGGGGAAGGGGGGUGUGGGGGAAGGGACGGCUGAGGAGUGGGCUUGUCUUGGAGUAAUACCUUUUUUUGUGUCGGGGUAGGAUCUAAGACGGAUCUGUGGAAGUGUUGAUUUUCGUUUCGUUAUCUUUUCCGCUGCUACCUAGUUCACACGAUACCACGCGCCGAUGAGCCCCCCUAUACCUAAAUACUUUUGCUCUGUGUUUGUUUUUCAUCUUCAUCUUCUUCUUCUUCUUCUUCUUC